AUGAUCGGUUUCGACACGAUUUUGGAGAAAAUUGGUGGGUCUGGCAAGUACCAGUACCGACAGUGCAUGCCACUGGUGUUGGUACUGCCGCUCAUGUCCUGGCAUUUGCUUGGAAACGCUUUUCUUUUUGCCAUUCCGGAAAAACGCUGCCAAAUGGAUAAAAUUGUGCCUGAUGCUUGCUCGAAUCAACUCUCCCUCCCCAAUGGGAUGGGAAAUUACUCGCUUGGGGAAAAUGAUGAUCUCCUGCGGCAUCUAUUCAUUGUGAAAUCUGACGAUGCAAAGAAUGGAAAUUGCAAAUACAGAAAGUUUCCGGAUUUUAAUGAAGAUAAUUUUCAGAGCAUAUGCAAUGAUUUACAGAGUUUUCCCGAAAAAACUUUGUACAAAACGGCUGAAAACGGAACGAACUUCCGCGACCCCGUCGUUUUAGCGAGCUUCGAAAAACUCGCCAACGACCAUGGUUUUACUGAAUCUUGGUACGAGGACGAAACGAAUUAUAUCAAGUGCGAUGCUUGGUAUUACGACGAUACUUUUGGCGUGACUGGUUUGACUGAGAAUAACUGGGCUUGUCCUGGCUCUGCUCAACAAAAUCUACAGAUUGCUGUGAUGAUCGGUGUCUUCUGGGGUUCUCCUCUCUUUGGCUACACUUCUGAUAAAUAUGGUCGAAAACCCACGAUUGUUGCGUGUCUUUCUCUCUGUCUGAUUUCCAUGUCGAUGAUUCGCUUCGCUAGACACAGUUGGUGGGCUUUGCUUGCUCUGCGAAUGUUUGACGGCGCUGGCGCUAUUGGAGCGAUUGCUGCUGCUUUUGUCCUAAUUUCUGAAGUUUUUGAAAGUGUGGGUUAUCACAAAAUCAUGGUGCUUCAAGUGGCCCAGGCUUGCUUUGGCAUUUCCCAAGUUGGCCUUGCUUAUCUAGCGAAGGGAUUGGCUGACUGGAGCCCCUUGUCGACCUACAUCGCCGCCCCAUGCCUCCUCGUCAUUUUCAUCCAAGUCUUCAACGAUGAAUCUGCUCGAUGGCUACUCGGAAAAGGCUUCACCCAUGAAGCAAACGAGCUUUGCAAGAAAAUUGCGAGAGUGAACGGCAAAGACGUUGAAAAAAAUUAUUUUGGUUCGCAAGAAAAGUUAAACGAAGAGGAAGAGGAUGGAGAAGUGCAACAAGAAAGCUUCCUGCUUGCAAUGAAGAAGCCGAGACUUAGAAAGACGAUUUUGAAUCUGUGUUAUCAGUGGUUUAUGCUCUCGGGUCUUUACUACACGCUGGCGAUCAAAGCAACUGAGUUUGCCAAAGGCAAGCCGCAUCUAAGUUUCUCCAUCUCUGGUCUUCUCGAAGCUCCUGCUUGUUUUGGAACUCUUAUUAUGUAUCAAUUCAUUGGUCGUCGACCAUCGACGUUUUACAUGGAAGUUAUCGGUGGUCUUUCUCUCCUUUUCCUGAUUUUUGCGGAACCUGGUUCUUCUAUCGCCAAUACUCUUCCACAAAUUGGAAAGUUCGCGCUUUCAGCAGCUUAUGGAGGAAUCUACAUCUAUUCCGCGGAGAUCUUUCCAACUUCGAUUAAGAAUUUCGGCAUUGGAAUGUGCUCGGCCACAGCGAGAGUCGCUGGAGUCGCCGCUCAAGGAAUCGAGAUGAUUCCAGCUCUUUGUGGGGUUCAGAAAGAAGACGAUUGGAUCAGUUGUGAUAAGAUCCCAUACUUUACUUAUUGCAUCCUAACGAUAAUUGGAUGUUUUCUGAUGUUUGGUUUGCCAGAAACCAACGGUCACACAUCGCCAGAUUCAAUAAAUGAAGGAGAAGCAUUCGGACAGAAUCAAAUGAGCCUGACAGUCCAAAUUUUGAGCUGCAACAAAUCUGCUGUCACGAAUCUGGGAAAAAACAAGUCAAACAAUAAUCUCGAAGUUCCGGAUCAGGAACUCCACCCGCUCACUCAUUCGGCUGAUGACUCGGGCCCAGAAACUGACCUUUAA